AAAAAAGAACCUGCAUCUUCUCAAAGUAAUUGCAAGAACCUACAGAUGAACAAGAAGUGUCUGGAUAGUCUACAACUAUAAUUAACGGUAAUUAUCUGGUCGUGCUCCUUAUUCUCGUCGUCAUUGCAUCUCCGAAGAAAAGACUAAAAUUUUCCUGAUAACACGUCCCUUCACUGUACUGCCUGGCUCAGCCAGCACGAAGAAGGCAAAGCUUUUGCCGAAAACGCCGCAAGUAUCAGCCCCAUGCUGCGACGAAAGGCAGGAGCUGCGCAGUGGUUGUUGCUGGGAUCAUGGUCCGGUUCUGUUUUCGGGGUGGGUGGCAUCGGUAUGAAAAGUAGAGUGCACAACUUCAUCCCCACGUCGUGCCCUCAGUUGCAUAUUACUAAUGGCUCUUUUCACAGCAAAAACAAAAGUGCCAGUAAUGGUAAAGAUGCAGGAGCUCCAGAUGUGGUCGUGCGACAAAAAAUUGCGACAAGAAGUACUUAUUCUGUUAUUUCGGAAUUAUUUUCCGGAUCGCCCCCCUGCUCCUGUCAAGCGAGCAGAGCCAAGAGCAGCGAGAAGAAAAAGUGUGACAAUUUGAUAUUUAUGUGCAUGACGAAGGUUGAGGGGAAGUACAAGUAG